GGCCCCGGAAGUCAAAGCAAAGUCGUCCGAGAGAUCAACUUGACGGGUGAGCGCGAGCUCUCGACCCCGAACUGACCCGAUAGUAAGUGUGGUUCACUGACAGGAGCCUGGUCUUACCUGGAGUUGUUGCUGCUACCCUGCUUGCGAUUCAUGCUGCUGGUCAGUUUGUGUGUUGAGUCACAACGUUCCAGCUGCUGAGUGAUGCUUGUGACUGAAGGGAAAGCACUCAGUGAGGUGGAAGAUAUUGGAAUGGAUGUGGAUUUCACCAGUCCCACUGAUCUUUCUGAGAUCCUAAAGGAAGGAACAAAGGAAGCACAUGAUCGUGCAGAGAAUACCCAGUUUGUGAAGGACUUCCUGAAAGGAAAGAUACACCUGGAGUUGUUCAAGCUGGGCACUGCGGCUCUGUACUUCACUUAUUCUGCCCUGGAGGAGGAAAUUGAGAAAAACCGGAACCAUCCUGGCAUCGCUCCCCUCUAUUUUCCGGUUGAGCUACAUCGCAGGGAGCCUCUGGAGAGGGACCUGGAAUAUUUUUUUGGGCCAGACUGGAAGAAUGAGAUUCAAAGCUCGGACGCAACCACAGCAUAUGUGGAGCGGAUCCACUAUGUGGGUGAGUUUGAGCCUGAGCUCCUAGUGGCUCAUGCCUACACCCGCUAUAUGGGUGACCUGUCUGGGGGACAGGUGCUGAAGAAAGUGGCCCAGAGGGCACUGCACUUCCCCAGCACCGGCGAGGGCGUCCAAUUCUACAUCUUCGACAACAUUUCGAAUCCCACUCAGUUCAAGCAGCUGUACAGGGCUCGUCUGAACAGCCUAGAGCUAGAUAGAAGGAACAAGGAGAGGGUUGUGGAGGAGGCCAACAGAGCUUUUGAGUUCAACAUGCAGGUUUUUGAGGAAUUGGACCAAAUCGGGAAAUUGUUGCCAAAGGCGCCGGAGGGUGGACAUCUGAUGCAUGAUGGAAAGGGGAAUCCCCGCAUGUGCCCGUUCUAUACUGCUAAAGGGAAUGUGGAAUCAUCUGAAUGCCCAUAUCGGACGGUGGUAUCGUUGCUGAAAAGCUCUUCUUUCCAGCUUGUGCUGGCGAUUGUGGUGGCACUGAUUGCUGCCACCUAUUUAAUGUUGUGAACUGUGCAGCGUAGAGAUGAGGACAGGACUUGGAGAGCCCUACAAGCCCCCACCACCCACAGACGACUUGGAUUGUGCUAGUUCAUCCAGCAGACAGGGAAGCAUCCCAUCUGUAUGUUCUCGUGUGAAUGUUGCGUUCCUGCGCUCGAGACAUUAUUAAACCAACUGCAUUGGAGCAGUGUGUAAGAGUACAGGUAAGCACAGAAAGGAGAGUGACUAUUCCCAAUGUAGCAAACUUUCUAUAGAAAAAAAUGGGAAUAGUCAAUUCCCUAUGAGAUUCUCGCCUCCGGGAGCCGGAUAGCUAUGUACGGAAUCUGGUCCUUCCCUCAGGUCCAGGUCUGUCCUCCAUCCUCAGGGCCAGGCCUAGUCGUACCCCAGGGCAGGUCUAGUCCAUCCCCCAGGGCAGGCCUAGUCCGUCCCCUAGUGCCAGGCCUCGUCCAUCCCCCAAGACCAGGUCUAGUCUAUCCCCCUAGGACCAGGCUUAAUGUUUCUUUCUACCACCACCACCACCCCCGGUUAGGCUUUCCGUCUGUCCUCAUCUCCCCCAAUAAGUCUAAGAUGUGAGCAGGGCAGCCCUGAUGGUGAUGUGGAUAGAGCUGCAGCUUACAGAUCAGGAAGCUCACUGGUUCGAAUUCCAGAUCACGUUAAAUUUGCUAGUCACUCGGCCACAGUCUCCAGACUAAAUUAUUCCUGCCCUUUCCAAGGUCAGAGAGGGGAAACCGAGCGAGCUUCUGCAGCACCCUCUACUGGUAGUCUGAGGGUUGCAGUUGGUUGAGAUGGGCUCAGCCAUGAUGCCUUCUGCAACUCACUGUCAAAGCUCAAAUGGACAGAUUACCAGAGGCAACCAGAACCUGUGGAAAAACAACCCAAGAUGAGGAGGCUGGGGAUCAGAAGAGGCAUAUGAUAAUUGGGAGAAAUUUUAGAAAAAUAACUGAACACUUUUUUUAAAAAAAUGUGAUCGUAGCUGUGUGAAAGAUACUGACUUUUAGCUGUCGUGCACAGGGCAAAGUUGUUCUGUAGGAGCCCCAUUAAUUCUCCUGUACGUGCUGCAAUGUUCAUUUGGGCGGGUGGCUGCUGAGGUGAUUGUGUUGUGGGUUUAACUGUAUUGGUUUUCUGACAAUAUGAGUCAUGGUUGAUUCAGCCUUAGAAACAGAAACCAGCCACCAUGGGCUGUAUGUGAUUGCAGAUGCUCAGGAUUGGCAUGCUCUGUGUGUCUGUGACUGCUUUUUGGGUGGACGAUGCCAGUUGUGUUCACAUCGCAUACUUCUGGUGAACAGUCCCGCUUGAAAACUUUCCUCCUCCACCGUGCUUAUGGCCACCUCCCCCCGGCUCGGAGUCAGGCC